CACAGGCCCGUUUUAGUGUCCGACACGUUCCCGAUUCUUACCCUUCCCCUGGUUUGGCGAAUACGUGCCCCAUAGCUUGUCUCAGCAUUGCAGGUUAUUAGAUGAAGUAAAUCGCCAAGAAAUUGAAGUAUAUUUAAUGGGUUAAUAUCGCGUCAUUGAUUAGUUUAUUAGCAUAGAUUUCGGCAUGAGUCCUGUUUUGCUUCCGAAACAUGUAACAGCGGUCAUUAGAUUCCAAAAGAAUCCCUUGAAAGCUUUGGAAAUGUUCAAUUCCGUGAAAAGUGAUGAAGGGUUUAACCAUAACUUGUAUACUUACAAAUGUAUGAUAGAAAAGCUUGGCCGCCAUGGAGAAUUUGAGGCUAUGGAACAUUUGGUGGAGGAGAUGAGGAUGAAUUUUGACAAUGGAUUGCUGGAGGGUGUGUAUAUUAGUGUGAUUCAGAGUUAUGGAAAAAAAGGGAGGAUUCAGGACGCGGCUAAUGUGUUUGAAAGGAUGGAUUUUUAUAAUUGCGAGCCUUCUGUGCAGUCUUAUAAUGCUGUAAUGAAUGUAUUGGUAGAGUAUGGGUAUUAUGACCAAGCACAUAAGGUUUAUAUGAGGAUGAAAGACAAGGGAAUCACUCCCGAUGCAUACACUUUCACCAUAAGGAUGAAGUCCUUUUGUCGCACGAAUAGGCCUCAUGCUGCUUUGAGGCUUCUGCACAACAUGCCGUCCCAAGGAUGCAGGUCCAAUGCAGUUUCGUAUUGUACAGUCAUUGGCGGAUUUUACGAAGUGAAUUGCCAUGUUGAGGCGAAUGAACUUUUUGAGGAGAUGCUUAGAAUAGGCAUAGUUCCUGAUGUUACUACUUUUAAUAAGCUUAUACACGCCUAUUGUAAGAAGGGUGAUGUAAAAGGUUGUGAAAGACUUCUUAACAAGGUAUUUAAAAGAGGGGUUUUUCCGAAUUUGUUUACAAUUAAUAUCCUCACUCAGGGCCUUUGUAGAAAAGGGAACCUAGAUCAGGCUGUCAAGAUGUUAGGAAGAAUUGGAUUUAGUCCUGAUGUUGUUACUUAUAAUACGAUUAUAUGUGGCUUGUGCAAGAAUUUAAAGGUUGCAGAAGCUGAGUCUUAUUUGCAAAAAAUGGUCAACAGUGGGUUCACGCCCGAUUCUUUCACAUACAACACAAUUAUAAAUGGAUACUGUAAGUUGGGAAGGGUGCAGAGUGCAGAUAAAGUUCUCACUGAUGCAGCCUAUAGAGGCUUUCUGCCUGACCAAUUCACAUAUGUUUCCCUAAUAUAUGGGUCAUGUGAGGAGGGAGACAUAGACAGGGCUAUAAGCUUAUUUCAUCAAGCAACAACGAAAGGUAUAAAGCCAAAUUUGAUUCUCUAUAACACUUUAAUCAAGGGCCUUUGUCAGCAGGGGUUUAUUUUUGAAGCUCUCCAAUUAAUGAAUGAGAUGCCUGAAAAAGGAUGUGAGCCAGAUACAUGGACAUAUAACACAAUUGUAAAUGGAUUGUGUAAGAUGGGUUGUAUGUCUGAUGCGACUGAUGUCAUGGAUAUUGCUAUGAACAAGGGGGUUCUUCCUGACAUUUUCACCUUCAACAUACUGAUCGAUGGAUACUGCAAGCUCUCGAAAUUGGGUAAUGCAAUUGAACUUUUAAACACCAUGUGGGAAUAUGGUGUUGCUCCUGAUGUUAUAACAUGUAAUUCAGUGUUAAAUGGUCUCUGCAAGUCUUCAAGCUGUAGUGAAGUGAUGGAUAUGUUUAAAUUGAUGGUGGAAAAGGGGUGUUUCCCAAACAUUAUCACUUAUAAUAUACUUAUAGACAGCCUGUGCAAAGCUAGACAAUUCACACGAGCUUUUGAUUUGCUUGAGGAAAUGGAAAGCAAGGGUCUCUCUCCAGAUGUUGUAAUUUUUGGCACAUUAAUCAAUGGGUUUUGUGUAAAUGGGGAUCUGGAUGGGGGCUAUAAGUUGUUCCGUAGAAUGGAAAGGCAGUAUAAACUUUCUCAGACUACCGCGACUUACAAUAUUAUGAUAAAUUCUUUCUGUGAGAAGCUGAAAAUUGACAUGGCCGAACUGUUAUUUUCUGAGAUGGGGAAAAAAGAUUGCAUCCCCGACAACUACACUUACCAAUGUAUGAUCAAUGGUUUUUGCAAUAAAGGAGACUGUGAUUCUGCUUACUGCUUCCUCCUUGACAAUGUGAAAAGGGAGUUUCUACCAUCGCAAACAACAUUUGGACGAGUGAUCAAUUGCCUAUGCAUGAAGCACAAACUCCGUGAUGCAGUUUAUAUUGUUAACCUUAUGGUGCACAAGGGUAUUGUUCCCGAUAUUGUGCAUACAAUUUUCGAAGCUGAUAAAAAGGAAGUUGCAACACCCAAGAUUAUUCUUGAAGACAUGCUGAAGAAUAGCCAUAUUAACUAUUAUGCAUAUGAACUCUUAUAUGAUGCCAUCAGAGAUAAGAAGCUUAUGAAACAGAAGCAUAAGAGGAGAAAAUUUGCUGGCAGCACUGAAGAACCAUUGGUCUGUAGGCAGAGAGGCCACUCAUGAAGAGCUCAAAUUCAAAUUUCACGUACAAAAAUCAAUCAGUAAUUUGAGGCCUAUUAAAACCGAGGUCCUUGAAUUGCAUGUCAGGGGUAAGGUCUCUCUACACCCACUCCUCAGUCCCUACUUGUGGGACCUUACUGGGUUGGUUUAUUUUACUGUCGGCACCAGUUUUAGGAAAGAAAAAAAGCAGCUAGCAUGAAACUUCUUUGCCAAGAGCCUCACCAUUUUGAAAAAUAGAUCCAUUGCUGCCUAUGAUACUUCCAAUUCUGAGCUUUUUUCCUUUGACAAAGGUUGAAGAGAUGCUGUUUCGUGAGGGUUGGACUCAACCGGGUUAGCUUCUUCAAUGACCGUAAAUUCUGCUGGCUCAGGAAGCCUCUUGGAAGGGGUAAAAAGGUUGGCAAAAGGUACCUCAAUUACUGGAGGAAGAUGGUGUGCAGAUGCUUGUUCUUUUUCUGAAAAAGAUGUGAAAGUAGAAGAAAAAGGGUGCAAAGAGGAGUCACCCCUGGGGGUCUACUGCCAUGGUGUAAAGCAAGUUAAAAAGGGAAAGUUGUAAAUGAAAAAUAGAAGUUUACUUUUUUU